AGACCGCUAAUCACUCUCUCCUGCAGCACUCAGCAAGACCCCAGCCAUGAGACUUCUCCUCCUGGCCAUCCUGGGCGCCUGCUGCCUCACUGCAUGCAUUGUAGCAGGGGUGGGGAAUGAAGUCCCAGAGAGGAGUAUCUGUAUGAGCCUAACAACACAGCCGCUGCCAGUGAACAAAAUCAAGACCUAUGUCAUCAAAGAGGGCUCCAUGAAGGCAGUGAUUUUUAUUACCAAACGUGGCCUCAAAAUCUGCGCUAACCCACAAACCAACUGGGUGAAAGCAGCGAUCAAUAGUGUGGACAGCAGGUCCAACACCAGAAGAAACAGGAUCCAGACCAACCCUACCGAAGCCCAGCAGUCCACCUAUACAGUGGGGACCUUGUCCCAGUAGAGAGUGGCCAGUACCCUGUCCUCUCCAUAGCUGGCCAGACCUUCCACAAGCUCAUAGACUAAUUAGGUUAUACUCAUCUUUUAUGAAAGUGCUGCAUAAGUAAAAUUUUAUUCUUGUAUCUUUAUUUUAAAG